GUGAAUGUUGAAAAUACAACUGGUAUAUAAGGCAAAGACUGGUGGUUCCAUGAAUUAGUAUCAACUCAGAUCUCGUUUAAAGCGAUACAAUAAAAUAGUGUAAUAGUUUUCCUCUUAAAUUUUAUCCAGCCAACAGCUCAACAAUGCGCAUGUUUGUUUUUCCUUGUCUCGCUUUGUGCGUGGCAAUGGUCAGUUGUGCCGAGGAAGUUGCCUCAGAAGACAAAAGUAAAACUGUGGAGAAACGUGGUUUAUAUUUAGGAGAUUAUGGUCAUAGUCAUCAUCAUCAUGAACAUAUUAAGACCGUUACCAUCGAGAAAAAGGUACCCGUACCAUAUACAGUAACGAAACACAUCCCAUAUACGGUUGAGAAGAAGGUUCCAUACGAAGUGAAAGUGCACGUUCCAGAACCAUAUAUUGUUGAGAAGAAGGUACCCGUUCAUGUCAAAGAAUACGUCAAGGUACCAGUUCAUGUACCAAAACCAUAUAUUGUCGAGAAGAAAAUACCAUACGAAGUUAAGGUCCCAGUCGACAAGCCUUACGAAGUGAAAGUACCUGUUCCCCAACCCUACGAAGUCAUUAAGAAAAUUCCUUAUGAAGUCAAGGUACCAGUGCCACAGCCCUACGAAGUAAUCAAGAAGGUGCCCUAUGAAGUAAAGGUUGAAGUUCCCGUUCCCAAGCCCUAUGAGGUAAUUAAGAAGGUGCCCUAUGAAGUAAAGGUGCCCGUAGAAAAACCAUACCCAGUCGAGGUACCAAAACCAUACCCAGUAGAAGUUGAGAAACCAUAUCCAGUUGUUGUUGAGAAAAAGGUACCUUAUGAAGUUAAGGUUCCCGUCGACAAGCCAUACAAGGUUGAAGUUGAAAAGCCGUAUCCUGUACAUGUCAAGGUACCAGUUCCUCAACCCUACACAGUCGAAAAGAAGGUUCAUUACACCGUCGAAAAGCCAGUACCUUACGAAGUCAAGGUUCCAAUUGAAAAACCCUACCCCGUCUACUCAGAAGUAAAAGUUCCUGUACACAAAGAAAUUCCAUAUCCAGAAAAGUACCAUGUUGAAGUGCCAAUAUUCGAAAAGGAGGAACAUCAUUCCUACCACCACCACAAAUAAACAAAUAAAAACUGAUCUACAAUAAUCCAAUAAAUUAAAAAAAAAAUAGAUCAGUCAAUAAAUUCUGCAACUAUCAUCAAUAUCAACAAAAACACUAAAACCAUCACAGAACGCGAUCACAAGCGACAAAACAAACAACAAAAUUCAAGUAUUGCGAAAUUUCCAUCGAAAACGUUACGAAAUUAUACGUUUUACGCACGCAACGUUGAGCUGGACGAGCAAGAGGAGAUAACUACGCUUAAUCAAUCCACUCUUGAGGAAAAUGUGGAUUAAUUAAAUAAUAACAUCAAUAAAAAAGGAGGAAGAGGAGGAGCAAAAUAAGAGAAGAAGGAUUUAGCAACUAAAUCCAUACGAGAUCUGUUAUUGCAAUAAUAUAUACAUUCAUACGUAUACACCUGCUAUAUACUUUAUAUGUAUGUAUGUAAUGUAUAUAUUAUUGCAUUUUAUUAACCAUGUAAAAUAAGCCAAAAUGUGUUAAUUGUAUUAAAGGAAAACUUAUAUACAUACAUUUUUACAUAGUAUGAAUGUAUGUAUGUAAAUUAAUGCAUAUGAAUGUAUGUAUUUGUAAAUAAAUGUUGACAUUAUAGCGCUUAA